ACACCAACUCUCUAUCUCUCUUUCUCACACACACACACACAGGUGUUGGGAUUUCCUUUGCAAUAUCAAAAAAAAUAUUUAGAUGGAUAGACUGCAAAAGUGCCAGGCAAAUUAUGUGCCUCUUACUCCCAUCACCUUCUUGAAGAGAGCCGCUGGUGCAUACACCAACCGUACCUCCAUCAUAUACGCGGGUACCACCUUCACGUGGCGGCAAACUUACGAACGUUGCAUCCGCCUCGCUUCCUCUCUGCGUAACUUUAAUAUUUCCAAAAACGACGUCGUCUCAGUGCUGGCUCCGAACAUUCCCGCCAUGUACGAGAUGCAUUUCGCGGUGCCAAUGGCGGGCGCGGUUCUGAACACGAUUAACACCAGACUCGACGCGAAGAACGUAGCCACCAUUCUCCGCCACUCCGAGGCCAAGGCCUUGUUCGUCGACUACCAGCUUGUGCCGCUCGCACGUGACGCUCUCCGGUUGCUGACGUCAUCGCAAUCGUCUAUUCCGCUGGUUAUUGUCAUCGACGACGUUGACUCACCGACCGGAGCUCGACUCGGCGAGUUGGAGUACGAGCAGGUUGUUCGGAUGGGUGACCCGGGAUUUAUCCCGGUUGAAAUCAACGACGAGUGGGAUCCGAUCGCGUUGAAUUACACUUCCGGAACGACGUCGGAUCCGAAAGGAGUGGUUUACAGUCACAGAGGAGCUUAUCUGAGCACAAUGAGUUUGAUUCUAGGUUGGGAAAUGGGGAAGGAGCCGGUCUAUUUAUGGUCUCUUCCGAUGUUCCAUUGCAAUGGCUGGACCUUCCCUUGGGGUGUCGCCGCCCGAGGUGGCACCAACGUUUGUCUCCGGAACACCACCGCCAGCGACAUUUACCGGAACAUUACCCUCCACAAGGUAACCCACAUGUGUUGCGCCCCCAUCGUCUUCAACAUUUUACUCGAGGGUAACCCUAAUAAAAUUCACACUCCGGUUGAGGUACUCACCGGCGGCGCACCUCCUCCGGCGGCGCUUCUCCAGAAAAUCGAGCGGCUCGGGUUUCGGGUGACCCACGGGUACGGACUAACCGAAGCGACGGGACCCGCUCUGUAUUGCGAGUGGCAGGGGAAGUGGAACCACCUGCCGCAGGAGGAACAAGCAAAGCUCAAAUCCCGGCAGGGAAUCAGUUUUCUGACGAUCGCCGACGUCGACGUGAAGAAUCCGGUAACGAUGGAGAGUGUUCCGCAUGAUGGGAAAACAAUGGGGGAAAUUGUUCUGAGAGGAAGCGGGAUCAUGAAAGGUUAUUUGAACGACCCGAAGGCUACAUCUAAAGCGUUGAAGAAUGGGUGGUUCUUCACCGGCGAUGUGGGAGUAAUCUACCCGGACGGUUAUGUAGAAAUCAAAGACCGGUCAAAGGAUGUUAUCAUCUCCGGCGGUGAGAAUAUCAGCAGCGUCGAAGUGGAGGCCGUACUUUACCAGAACCCUAGGGUUCUGGAGACGGCGGUGGUGGCAAUGCCGCAUCCUAAAUGGGGAGAGAGUCCCUGCGCUUUUGUUGUCGCGAAGAAGAAUUCCGCCAUGGAAACUGACGAGAUAACAGAGAAAGAUAUAAUCGAGUAUUGCCGGAAAAGCAUGCCGCAUUUCAUGGUACCCAAAAAAGUCGUCUUCUUGGCUGAGUUGCCGAAGACGGGGACGGGGAAGGUACAGAAAUUUGAACUGAGAGCUUUAGCGAGCACUUUCGUCGUCACUGAAAAUGUUCGAAGCGGGAAGUCAACGAGAGUCAACACAGGAGUUCGUCGAUACGGUGCGGAUCAUCAGACGCACGGAGAGGAACAGGUUCUGGCAGCGUCUCGUCUAUGAAG